AACAGUUUGACUCAACCCCGGGGCCCGGUGGAAGCGAAGAAAGGGGAGGGGGAUCCUCGUAACCCCGGUAACCACCACCCCCGUGCCCGUGACCCCGAGCCACCAUGGCACGGAGGCGGCUGGUGCGGGCACUGCUAGAGUCGCGCAGCACGGAGAGGGAGGAGGCGGCCCAGGGCCCCGCACAGCUCUGCAUCAGGUACCAGGUGCCACUCAGCAGCGACCCACAUGGGAUCUACAGCCUCCGCUUCGCUCCAGCCGGAGGGUGCCUGGCAGCCGGGUUUGGCAACGGGGCUGUGCAGAUUGUGAACGUGGCCACAGCCUCCCUGCACUUGUCCCUUUUCCGAGGACACCGUACGCGCCACGCGAUCACUGCCUUGGCCUACCACCCAGGGAGACCCAGCCUGCUCCUGGCUGUGGGGGCUGACGGCAUCAUCUCUCUCUACAGCAUGGACUCAGAGACACCGCUGGCAACAAUGACAGCCCUUGCUGGUUGCUCUCCCUGUGUCUGUCCCAUCCCAGAGAAGGAGAAUGAGAUCAAUGCCAUGGAUUUCUGCGUGGACGGCAGCACCUACGCCACAGCUGGCAAGGACCGACAUAUUCGGCUCUAUGACAGCCACACCAACCAGCUGUCCCACAUUCUGCAGGCUCCUGACUUCAUGACUGGUGAUGUGACACCAAGCAGUGGGCACUCUCGCCGCAUCUUUGCCCUCCGCUUUCACCCUGGAGAUCGCCAUAUGUUCCUGACAGCUGGCUGGGAUGACUGUGUGAAGAUCUGGGACAAGCGGAUGGCAAAGGAGGCUCAGAGAGUGAUCAAUGGGCCUCACAUCUGUGGCCCAGGCCUUGACAUCCAGGGUAACUGCGUGCUCACUGGCUCCUGGGUGCCCCACAAUGCACUUCAGCUCUGGGAUCUACGGACAUCCCAACUGCAGAAGAACCUCCUCUUUCCUGGAGGCCCCACACAGGGCCAGUUCCUCUACGCAGCCCGGUUCUGUGACCAGGACAUAGUGGUGGCUGGGGGCAGCGGCACCAGUGGAGCCAGCGCCAUCCACACUGGCACUAACCAGGUGCUCGGCGAGAUCCUGCUGCCCAACAAACCAGUGCAGGCUGUGGCAGUAGCACCCGGUGGGCGGGUGGUGGCUGUGGCUGGCGUGGGAGGGAAUCUCCACAUCGCAGACCUGCACUGAGCCCCAGCAGAGAUAGGGUGAGAAGUGGACAAACCUGGGAGUCACAAUCCCCCCCAUCUACAGUUCCUCUGAUCUAUGGCUCUCCCACAUGAUUCUGCCCCAUCAGGAC